AAUGGCUGCACUGUGCAGAAUCGUACACUGUGCCGUACAGCAACGCAAUAACUCGCCUUGGGUUUAAUUUAAACGGCUUAAAUGCUGUUUUUCGGAAGCCUGUAUUGCGUUUGGUCCUGUUUUCCCUCCGUACGUAGUCAGAAAGGACUGCGGCGAGUGUAGGUCGUGUAGUUUGAUCUAGAUACAGUUGCGUGAAAAUGAACGAGGAGGAAGACGCGCUGCAGAAAACAAGGCAGGGGUUUGAGGAUCUCUGUCGAGCCCUGAAUAUGGACGAGGAGGCGAGUAACGGGGCAUGGAGGAGCUACGAGAACAUCAGCAAAAAUUACACCUUAGAGGGUAGUGAAUUACACUGGCUGGCGUGUGCCCUGUAUGUGGCCUGCAGGACGUCUGUACCCACUGUUAGUAAAGGCACAGCUGAAGGGAACUAUGUCUCUCUUACACGGAUUCUGCGCUCCUCAGAACAGAGCUUAAUAGAGUUUUUUAGUAAAAUGAAGAAAUGGCAGGAUAUGGCCAACUUGCCAAGGGAAUUCCGGCAGAGCACCGAUAAACUGGAGAGGAACUUCACUGUAACAGCUGUCAUUUUCAAGAAAUAUGUCCCCAUUUUUAAAGACAUAUUUAAAACCCCCUCUGAGGAACCGGCUCGAGCGCACAGAAGCAGGAAACAGAGGCGGCAUCCCUGCACUGUGGCGGAAGUGUUCCACUUCUGCUGGGUCCUGUUUGUGCAUGCAAAAGGAAAUUUUCCCAUGAUCAGUGACGACCUUGUGAACUCCUAUCACCUGUUACUGUGUGCACUUGACCUGGUCUAUUCCAACUCUCUGUUAUGCUCCAAUCGUAAAGAUCUGCUCAACCCUUCCUUCAGAGGUCUUCCAGAAGAUUUUAGCAGUAAAGACUACAAGCCGAGUGGUCCCGUCUGCUUCAUAGAGCAACUGUGUGAACUGCAUGAUGGUCUGGUACUGGAGGCCAAAGGAGUGAAGGAGCACUUCUGGAAGCCCUUCAUUAAGAGACUGUUUGAACGCAAGAUUUUAAAGGGGAAAGAAGAGAUACUGACAGGAUUUUUGGAUCCUGUUAAUUUUGGAGACAGUCUGACGUCUCUGAAUCGAGUGUAUGAAGAGCACAUUCUGUCAUCAGGAGCUCUGGAUGAGAGAAUAUUCCUCGGAGAAGGAGCAAAAGAGGACAUCGGCACCCCCGGACCGUGCCUGUGUGAGGGAAUCGAAAACCAGGAGCACCCUGCUAGCAUUCUUUACAACUCUUUAACUUCGUCUGCUCUGAAAGUGUCCACUCCACUGACGGGCAGGACAUACGUGCAGGAGAGCAGUGCUGGCACACCUGUUUCCAUGGCAAUGCAGGGCGUAGGGCGUCUGCAUAGCCUCUUGGCAGGACUGAAGCACAGACCGAGCCUGAGACUGAGAGAGAUACUGAAGGCCUGUGCGAGGGACCCCACAGAGGGCAUUGCUGGCAGACUGAGGGAGAUGUCUGAAGCUUUUCUCCAGAACUAUGAAACAAAACAAGAGGAGAAUGAAGUUCUGGCUAGAGAUAUUGCUGCAAAAUACUUUAGGCUUGCUGAGGCACUCUACUAUAAGGCGCUGGAGGGAAUCAUUGAUCAUGAGAAGCGAAGACUUGGUGACAGCGACCUUUCUUCUAUUCUAGAGCAGGACAUGUUACACCGUUCUCUAAUAGCCUGUUGCUUGGAGAUUGUGAUCUUUUCCUACCGUCCACCCGGCGAGUUUCAGCGGGUGCUGCAAGUCUUUGAAAUACCUCCCUACCACUUUUAUAAGGUAAUCGAGGUGUUGGUUCGAGCAGAGGAGGGUCUGUUCCGGGAGGCAGUGAAGCAUCUGAACCAUGUGGAAGAACAGGUGCUGGAGAGCCUGGCCUGGAAAGAGACUUCCCCUCUCUGGGACAGCAUCAAAGGGGCCAAGAACCACGUGCCUUCCUGCCAGGAGGUAAUGCCCCCUCAGUAUUUGGAGGAUGGAUCUGGCAGCAGCCCUCAGAGUCCCAAAAAUAAAGAGUCCAGUGCUAACACUGCAGGUGCAGGAAAAGGUGUACUCCCCUCAUCUUCUACUCUCCAGGAGCGCUACAGCUCUCCACCCACCGGUACGGCACGCAGACGCCUCUUUGUGGACUCGGACCCCACCCCUGACCCCGCAGUGUCCAGCAGGGUCACCCAGCCCUCCCUAGUCAGCACUAUACCUGCGGGCCAGACUGUAGUUACUAUGGCAACAGCUACUGUUACCGCAAACAAUGGUCAGACGGUCACCAUACCUGUGCAAGGUAUAGCCAAUGAGAACGGAGGCAUUACAUUCAUCCCGGUGCAGGUAAGUGUGACAGGACAGAGUGGGGCGGGGCUGCAGCCUCUCACUGCCCAGGCUCUGACCGGCACACUGAACUCCCAGCAGCUGACACCCACUACACCCACCAGCACUGCCCACAGCAGCCCUGCAUCAGGAAAACAAAACAAGAAAAGUCCUGCUCAAGUAACACCUCCAAACAGAGCCCAAAGAACAGGUUCCCUCAGUCUGUUCUUCCGCAAGGUGUAUCACUUGGCCAGUGUGCGUCUUCGUGACCUGUGUGUAAAGCUAGACAUUAGCACAGAACUGCGACAAAAAAUCUGGACAUGCUUUGAGUACUCACUGGUACACUGCACUGAGCUGAUGAUUGAUCGGCACCUUGAUCAGCUGCUAAUGUGUGCCAUCUACGUCAUGACUAAGGUGACCAAAGAGGACAAAUCCUUCCAGAAUAUUAUGAAGUGCUACAGAUCUCAGCCUCAGGCCAGCAGUAGUGUUUACAGAAGUGUGCUGAUAUCAAGACGAAAGAGAAGACAAUCAGGCAAUAAUGAAAACAGCAACAGACAAACCUCUCCAUCUGAAGGAGGACAUGAACAGGCAACAGGAAGUGGUGGUAGUAGUCCCAUGCGCUCCAGCAGCACUCUGCCUAUUCCCCAGCCCAGCAGUACCCCCUCCACGCCAACCCGUGCCCCAGGAGCCCCACCAGAGCAGGAGGAGGAGGAGCGGGGUGACCUGAUCCGCUUCUACAACCAUGUCUACAUCAAACAGAUCAAACCGUUCGCCCUGCGCUACUCAUCCAGCUCGCCAAAAGCUGAGGCUGAGACUCCGCCUUUGUGUCCGUAUCCCUUGCUCCGCAUUGGCUCUCCACGCAGAGUUCUCCUGUCACACAACCACUCCAUCUACAUCUCUCCACACAAGAGCGGCAGCCCCCUCACGCCCAAGGACAAGAUCUUCUACUACAUCAGCUCCAGUCCCUCCAAUCGAUUGAGGGAGAUUAACAGCAUGAUCCGCACUGGAGAGACGCCCACAAAGAAGCGCAGUAUGGCUCUGGAGGAGGAGCAGCAAUCUCCUGCUAAGAGGCUCUGCCAAGAGAACCAGAACGCUCUCCUCCGCCGCCUUCAGGACGUGGCCAAUGAUCGCAACUCCUCCCACUGACAUAGAAAGUGCUGCAAGAUCCAAACUCCAAAUCUAACGUCCUAUAAAAAUAUAGGAACAUCCACAAACUAGUGACUACAGUAUCACACUGAAACAGAAAAAUGCACAAAGAGGCUCUGACCACUUACCACAGACCACCGGCUUCCACAAAACACCCACAGGAGAUAAAGGAUAAACAUUUUGCUUACAAAUGCUUGCAAAUGCAGCCACUUCAUAUCUCUUCCAUUUUGAUGCAUUUGGUACAUUUUGAAUUGCAUUUUCUCAAAGAAGAAAUAAAAAUAAGCUUAGAGUUAGCAAAGUUUAUAUAUUGUCAGUGUCAUGCAAAAACCUCGUCAUGCAUCUCCAAAAUAGCAACUUUUCAAUAAUAAGGAAAAAAAUACUUCCUGCAAGUCAAUGUAAAGAUUUUUUACUGCAGGUAAUGUUUGAGCAUUUCUGUUUCUUCCACUGUUAAAAUUCAAUCAUGAAACAACAGAUAAAGAACAAUUGCCAAAUACAAAUUAUGCAGAAAAGUGCAAAAUGGAAUGGAAAUACAAGGUUUUUGCAUGACAGCAAUGCUUUACUUUUACUCAGUACAUACUGUAAAACAUUUUAGGAAGACUUUUGAAGAUAAAGCACUUAACACAGCAUUCGCCAGCAGAUCUUUCAAAGCGUCGACAUUGUUCUUGCUUUUUUAAGAAGUAUUUUCUUAAAAGAUUGUUUAUCAUUUUUAGUGACCAGAGUUCAGUUUUCUUAUGAUACCGUUAAGAAAAAGAUAGUGAACUCUUUUAUAUGCCGCAGUGUGUUUGUGUUACUUGUGCGUGUGUGUGGGUUAUAUAGCUAAUAUAUUUAUGCUAUUUUUUCUAACAUUUAGAGAGAUAUCAACUAGGCAAAACCAGCACCUAAUAAUAAGUAUCAUGUUUAUAGUAUAAGCUGUAUUUCACCUUUAAAGCAAUAUUUAUUUAUGUCCCCUUGUGUUGUGCACACGUUCUACAGCUGUGCAAGACAUUUUUUUCUUUUUCUUGCAAGCAUUUUUUCUUCUACUUUUUUCCUUCUGGAAAAUGUAUUUGUUCUCUUGUCAUUUCUGGAAUAUGAUGUCAAAACAAACCCUGUCUGUUCAUGAUGUUGAAAGAAGCACCUUUUAUUGUAAAAGUGCCUUUUUUCCAUUGACCUCUACUGAGCUUUGUAUGUGUGCUUAACAUAGAGUUUCCCUACAUGGCAUUUAAUAAACAACAGAACACUUGUAA